AUGGCGACGGUGGCUGGGCCGGGCUCGUUUCCUACGGAUAAGUUCCAUGCCGGAGGCGGCGGCGGCGGAGGAGGAGCUUCGAAGAUUGGCGCGAAGCUGAGAAGAAAGACUCCGUCGGAGCUGAGAGGAGAGCAACUGAAGCGCGUCAAUGUUGUUGAGCUUGUAGAUGAAUCUGCUGCCCCUUUACUUGACUCUCUGAAUCAGCACCUUCUUAUAUGUUUCGUUCCUCAUAUCCCUGCGGUUCCGAGGAUUCUAUUUUCUCUUCUAAAGUUGCUGAAAAUCAUGGAGUACAAACUCAGUCAACACUUGAGAGGUGUAACCAGAGUAGAUUCCGUACAGUUGCCGAGAUAUCGUCUAGUUCCGAAAAACUAUCUGGCUUGGCGAAUAUCGAUAUGGAUUUACAGGUUAAUUACAAAUGGUAGUUACAAUAGUGUUCCCAAUCAUACAUCUCUUUGUGCUUGCUCUGAGGGUCAAAGAACUAGCCAUUGUUCAAGAACCCACAUUGCUUCCACGGGCUUUUGCUCUACGGCUUUGAAUUCAUGGAUAUAUCCUCAGUCCACUCUUCCACUUUCUCUUAUGUCAGUGCUGACCUCACCAGCUGCAGAGAAAGUGGAGAUGGACUUCUUAAAGAAGCGACAAUUGUCAUGGGAAGAGUCAUUUCGCAGUCUUUACUACUUAUUCCGGAAGAACUUAUGUAGCGUAUUUUACGUGUGCACUUCUCAAUUUGUGGUAAUGUUUACUGCUGAUGGUGACUCUGGAAGAAGCAAAAGGACUUGCAGUGCUUACGUGUCCCGAUUGACAAGAGGUCUGCGGUCAUUGUUUAGAGCAUUUUGGGAUCACCUUCAGGGCUUGCUCAGCUAGCAGGAACCAUAUAUGGGAUUUGUCAAGACUAUUUUGUUUAGCCUAUUUUAUUCAACAGAAGUUUAUUCCCGUAAGGCAUCAUUGUCCUGUUGUUAGCAUUCAAUAAAGAUAUUGCUGAUGCAUACAUAUCUUGUUAUCGAAAUAUCUGGCUCGAUUGCAAGUUGCUCAUUAGCCAAGUUGUAUAAGUGAUCCUGAGAUCAGUAUAAGAUUACAUUUAUUGCA